GUUAAAUACUAUACAUAUUCUCUUAAAGGCAGUAUUGUGUAUGAAAUGACUGGACUUUAAUGUCUCUGAUAACAAAAUAAUAGUUAGUCAACUGGUGGUAAAGGUGUUGUGGAGGAAGUGGCUGUUUUGCUUCCCACGCAGAGGAGGGUUUUCCGGUGAAAGUUUCCUUUGUGAUUCGGAAGUGGCGGUGUGAUGCCGUUUAUCUUUACAGACACAACACCCAAGAGACAACCAUGACAAAACCAAACAAAGCUCCAUCCUGCUGAAAUGAGAACACGCCUCUCCAGGAUUUAGUAAUACAGGUCUCUCCGUCACCCCUGGCGAUGCUUCACCCCCACAGAGAGGAGGAUCUGGGAACCGACAGCAUGGAGGAGAACCCUCCGAGCGAAGCGGUGGCCUGGGAGCUCGAGGAGCUGACCCUGCAGACCGGAUUCCCCCCAAAGCCCCUGCAGGAGAGGAAGAAUGUCCUCCAGCUCAAACUCCAGCAGAGACGAACACGAGAGGAGCUGGUCAGCCAAGGGAUCAUGCCAC